AUGUUUGUAAGUGGAGCCUCGUGUUAUUUGAAAACGUUGUCCAGCAGAGUUUUGGGUAAAGUGUCGUAUCAUGGUCUCCUCGCCUCGAGCAAGCCGCUCGGUGCGCGUGACGCACCGCGUGUCCGGAGCUCCGUGCGGGGCUCCGUGCGGGGCUACCGCAACACCGGGAAGCCUCUUCACCCGGGACCGGGCCAGGCGGCCCACGGCCGGGUUGUUGACCUGCGCAGCGACACGGUGACCAAGCCCGGGCCGGCGAUGAGGCGAGCCAUGGCCGAGGCGGAGGUCGGAGAUGACGUGAUGGGGGAAGACCCGAGUGUUAACGAGUUAGUGCAAAUUGCAGCAGAUAUGUUUCGGAUGGAAGCGGCACUCAUCGUUCCGUCUGGAACCAUGAGUAAUCUCAUAGCAGUGAUGGUGCACUGCAGGGAGCGAGGCGACGAGAUGAUCGUGGGCGAUCUGUCCCAUGUUCACAUCUAUGAGCAAGGAGGGAGCGCACAGCUAGCAGGAGUCCACGCCACCACCGCCACAACGCUCCCCGACGGGUCCUUUGACUUGGAUCAGCUGGACUCAAAGAUCCGCCACGGUUACCCCGACCCACAUUACCCACGCACACGCCUCAUAUGCGUGGAAAACACACACAACAUAAAGGGGGGGCGUGUGCUGCCUCUGACCUUCCUGCAGGAGGUGCGUGCUUUGGCCGAUAGAUUUGGUCUGUCAGUCCACAUGGACGGAGCCAGGGUUAUGAACGCCGCUGUUGCCCUGGGGGUGCCUCCAUCCACCAUACUGCAGCACACACACACCGUCAGUGUGUGUCUCUCCAAGGGUUUGGGAGCUCCUGUGGGGACCAUACUUGCUGGACCCAGAGACUUCAUAUCCCAGGCUGUGCGGUGCCGUAAAGCUCUGGGGGGGGGGAUGCGACAGGCUGGUAUACUGGCAGCAGCUGGAAAACUGGCUUUACUGGAGAUGGUUGAAAGACUGGAGGAAGAUCACCGUAAUGCAAAAACCUUUGCUCAAGCUCUGCUUGACUGUGACCCUCCUCUAUUCGCUGUAGACCUGGCCGCGGUGGAAACAAACAUCCUGCGUUUCCACCUACAGGAGCCCAGCUUAAGCCCCGCUGAGUUCUGUGACCGCAUGGGUCAGGUCUGCGAGGGAGAAGAGGCAGCACUGGGACAGGGGAUACAAGUGCUCAUGUACCCUUAUUUUGGAAAUUCCGUGAGGGCUGUAUGGCAUCUGGGGAUUUCCCCUGAAGAUACCCAGCUGGCCGUCCAGAAAAUGCAAUUUGUGGCUUCUCAGUUCUUGAAUGAAAACGUCAGGCCCCAGUGAAACCUGGUACUUCCUACGAUGUGUUGUAUCAAAUUCAGGACUGAUCACAGUAAAUUUAAUCAAAACCAUUUUUGAGAAUAUUAUUAAAUGUACAAACCACGG